AUUAAUUUCACCAGCAAGGAAGAUCUCGAUUUCUAUUUUGGAAAAGAACAUAACCUAAAUCAGCCUUCCAAAUUGAUUUUUCAUUUUUGGUGAAUUUUAAAAAAAUUAAAAUUUGAUCAUUUUUGGCGAAUAUUGCCUUCGAAUUCAAAAAAUGUAAUGUAUACUUAUUCGGCGAGAAUGACCGAAAUUAGUCCUCCAAAUUUCACAAUUUCUGAACAUUCUCAACAUUUGAUUCUGGAGUCUCCAGUGCAAUUUUCGAUCGCUCAAGAAUUUUACUGUAGAGUCCAGAAAGUGUGGAUAUAACUACAUACCAAUUUGGACAGUUGAAAGUCGAUUUGUUGUCUAUCCUCGACCUUUCUAGAGGAUUUAUCGUUAAUUGAGCGGAUUUAUGGGGGGGGGGGGAGGGAGCAUCACAAGUUCGUUUUUUGACUAGAAUAUUUAUAAAGAAAAAAAUCCACGAAUCUGUUUUUUUUCUCAUUUUCUGAAAAUUUGUACGUAUGACUGAUUCUUGUCUACCAAGACUAAAACCAACCCUCCUCCCAAUCCAAAUUUCGCAAUUUCGAGGUAAAAAAAUCCAUGGUUGCAAUUUAAAAUUGUUGCGAAAAUAAUACCUAUUCUGAAGAAUUUCUAUAGGAAUUAGGAAUGGAUUUGAUUUGUACGUUUAGUCGUUUAUUACCUAGAUUUAUUUCUACAUGAACUUAUUUGGUCAGAGACGGGAGGGAAGGGGGAGUGGAUGGAAAAAUAAAUUUUUCAGGGUUCACUUGCAGAGUUCUGAAAUGAAUUUUUGGAUUUUUGACGAAUUUUUGAAAGUUAAAAAAAUCCUGUAAAGCUGAUUCGAGGGUGAUUUUCAAACUUUUUUAUAAAAUAUAAAUUUUUUGAACGAAGUGAACGAAUACAUACCUACGUAUUAAUAAUUUCUUCAAUUCAACUCCCACACAUCAUCAACUACCAGUUUUAGGCCAUUCUGGAGCUUCUAGCGAUUUUGUUAUGUUAUUCUACCGAAAUUUUAAACCGCUCUGAAAAAAAAUGUAAAAAAUGAUUUUCAGCAGCUGGAAAUCGCCCAUGAAAAUUGAGCCAGAAAAUAAUAUUGAAAAAUUGAAUUUUUCAUGACUUUUCUUGCUAAUUUGUGGUCACUGAGGUCAAAAAUGUCGUCCAAGUUGAACCUUGAUUUCUGAUUUUUGAAAAAAUGCGAUAUUUUUCAAAAAAAAAUGGAAAACAACUUUUCCUAGAUUUUUUGGAAAAUUGAAACAAUAGGGGCGUUUGAGGACUCUCCAGCAAGUUAUAAAACCUCCAAUUGCUUAAAAAUCUCAAAAAUUCUUCGAAGAAUUGAAAAGUUUGCUUAAAAUUGACGAAAAAUUCGCGAAAAUGUCUGAAAAAUAAUUGCAAUGGGGAAAAAUUCACUUACCUAUUCAGUAAAGUUAUUUCUCAAUUUUUUGUAAUUUUUUUCAGGUAGAAUGAAAAACAUUGAAAAAAAAUCAUCAAACUCUUUAAAAAUUGCAUAAAAUUGUGAAAAAACUGAUCAACAUCUCUGAAAAGGUUACUCAAUUGAUGGAAUGGAAAAAAGCUUUGAAAAAAAUGGACACGAUUAGUGAAAAUUGCCCCUUCAAUUUUCAAAAUAGGCAACUUAACUAGCCAUAUGCUCAUUCCAUGUUGUCAUUUUUGUGAGUGAUAAGAAAUGAUAACAGAAGCAGGGGUUUUUCUCAGUUUUCUGGAAAAUUUAAAUCAUAAAAAUAUGCUAGAAUUCUCUUCUAUCAAGUGAAAAUCAGUCGGUACGUUUAUACUUAGCUACAUAUUCUGUUCUCUACUCUAUUUAUUGUAAAAAAAUACAACAUUAUGAAGUAUAUUUACAAAUAUGAAGACUCAAUGCAAAACUACCACACCCUUGUACACUAGUAUAUAAGCUUGUAGACUUGGUUAUUUUGUUCAAUAGUGAUUUAAGCCUGAUGAUGAACACUUGGUGUUUGAAAAGCUUUGCACUAAUAAAUAGUAAAAACUGAGAAGCAAGAGUUAUUUCUUCCUAAUCUAACAAACUUCUCGCUAAAAGGUUCUUUUUACCUUUGAUUUAAGUUUGUGUUUGGAUGAUAUGCUACAGGACUGUUCUAAUGAAGCAUUGAACGAGAAUUUUGAUAAAAAGACAUCGAAACGUGCUCGUUCGAAUACAGACGAUGGAUUCGAUUUGUCUUCAAUUCCCAAAGCAUAUGUUUUAUUGCCAAGACUUGAUUGGAACUACGGCGAUCUUUUUACUUUGAAUAAUAACAAGCUCGAGUCUAAUUCGUUUUCAAACGAGCAUGCUGAAGAGUUGUGUACAUUUGCUGGUGCUUCUGUUACCAAAUCACUGGAAGUUUCAUCUUCAGAUUUGAAUAAUGAUAUAGCUGUGAAAAAAUGCAACUCAACGACCGUUUUAGAUACCAAGGAAUUUAAAAAUUGGGCUACUUGUGAACCUAAUGAAGCUCCUAAUCUCAGUCAAUCGUUGGUCUGCAAAAUUUGUCAUAAGAAUAUCUGUAACAAAGACCAGAUGAGAAGACACAUGUUUAUGCACAGAGGUUUAAAACCUUUCGAAUGUGCCGAUUGCGGUAAAUCGUUCGCAAGGAAGGAAAAUAUGCAGUCACAUAUAUUUUCAAUGCAUAUGCCCUAUCAAAGCAGACCAUAUAAAUGCGAUACUUGCAGCAAAUUUUAUUCAACUCUGGGCAAUCUGAAUCAUCACAGAUGUUCAGCAACACUAAGGAAUCAUUCCAAACAAGUUUCAAAUCGUCGCCAAUCUGCCGUUUGCGACAUUUGCAAUAAAUAUUUGAGUCGCCGUAGGGAUCUCAAAAGACAUAUGUUAAUUCAUGAAGGUCUGAAACCAUUUAAAUGUACUGAAUGCGAUAAAUCAUUCAGAUCAAAAUCUAAUAUGUAUCAACACACUCGUCUAUAUCACACUCCCUAUCACACACGACUAUACAAGUGCGACAUUUGUGACAAACGUUAUGCAGCUCAGUGUGAACUAAAUGCUCACAAACGCCUUACUGGACAUUAUUGCUCUUCAAAAUUAUCCAAAUUUACGUCUGCUGAUGUAGAGGAUGGUGUAACUGUCGAGGAACGUGACUCAAGCUAUUUUGGGCGCCAAGAAAGUUGGAAAAUUGGUGUCAUCGAAACGAACGAAAAACUUGAAUUCGAGCCAGUUUUUCGUUUGUAACUUUUGCGAUCGGAAUUUUAGCAAGCGGGCUUAUCUGAAAAGACAUUUGAUUUCGCAUGAAGCUUUGAAACCAUUUAAAUGCGCCGAAUGUGAUAAAUCUUUUGCAAAAAAAGAUCAUGUGAAACGACAUAUAAUUCUGGUGCACAUCAAUGAUCAGAGGUCUCUUGGCUCCCUUUAUUACUGCGCGCAUUGCAAGUAUCGAUGCCGAAUCAAAGAAAGCUUAGCUUAUCAUAUCAAGGAAACCCAUGUACAUAUCAAGUUUAAGCUUUGCCCUUGAUGAAUUUAGCUGCACCGUAUGCGGUUGCGUGAAUAAUCUUUUUCCAGAUCACUGUAAGAUUGCUCUCGACUUAUUUUUAUACAGCAAAUUUACAGCGAUCUUACAAUAUUUUCGUCGUUUAUCAAUUAAUCAAUGUACUUCCUAUGUGUGUUCAUUUUUAGCUAUUUUAUUAUCAAAUUAGUGAUUUGAAUGUUUUUUCUAGAUUUUAAUAUUCCUCAUUUCAAUACAUAUGUUACCUAUUGCACUGUUGA